GAGACAGUAUUGUUAGCUUUGAUCUCCCCAUCAACUUUCCCCCUCUUGAACAGCGAUGGCCACCGGGGGGAUCCCUGGGAUCGCCAGGAACUGCUGGGCUGGGGUUCUAAUAGUGGCGAUAGCACUGAGAACUCACAGAGCUCAUUGCACAGACCCUCCAGAGCAUUUCCUGCUGCAGGAGAAGUCUGAGUGUCACUACACCAAUGGCAUGCAGCAGGUGAGGUAUCUGAAAAGACUGAUCUGGGGCCAGCAGGAGAUCUGUUACUAUGACAGUGACUUGGGCUUCUCGGUGGCCCGCACGGAACUGGGUCGGCCGAUCGCAGAGUAUUGGAACCGGCUGGAGUGGCUGAGCUACUUGUGGGCUUCAGUGGAGAAGUUCUGCAGUUAUAACCACAGGAGAUUUGAGAACAUCACUGUGGGUAGGCAAGUUAAGCCCAGAGUGAAAAUUUCUACCCUGAAAGCAGAGUCUUCCCACCGCCCCAGCUUGCUGGUUUGCGCUGCAACAGGGUUUUAUCCUUCUGAGAUAGCGACCAAGUGGUUCAAAAAUGGGCAGGAGGAGACAGCUGGAGUUGUAUCCAGGGAGCUGCUACAUAAUGGAGACUGGACCUUCCAGAUCCAGGUGACGCUGGAAACAAAACCCAGGUGGGGAGAUGUCUACACCUGCCAAGUGGAGCACGUCAGCCUGCAAACACCCAUCACCAUGCAGUGGGUGGCACAGUCUGACUCUGCCAAGAGCAAGAUGUUCGUUGGAAUUGGGGGCUUCGUACUGGGGUUGAUCUUCAUGGUGCUGGGACUUCUUGUCUACCAGAAGAAUAAGAAAGGAUACCUGUGCUUGGACACUGCAGACUCUCAGGCUGCUGGGAGUGACAGGGGCAGCACUACAAACUUACUGCUCUGUGCCUAAAAUCCUUCCAAGUUCUGCGAAGGGCCAUCUCUAAAUCUUCCCUUAACUCUCUGCAUUCACGCAUGUGCUAUUACUCUUUCCCUUCCCCUUGCUAGCUGUUCUUGAUGUAUUCUUGCUCAGGUCAAUACUGUGCUGCCUCUGGCAGAGGGAAUCAUCACUUUCCCUCAGUCCUAGCAGGUUCCCCUCCUGCCAGCUUUUCCUACUGCCCCGCCCCAGAUUUAACUGCUCUGCAGUUAAAGAACCAAAGUCUUGUAGAUCUGAGAUUGUCCCCCAGGGGCUGAUUUCAUGCAAGCUGUUGACUUGCGGACUCUCCAGUGGAAGAGGAGGGAAGGAUCCAGCUGUCAUCUGGAGUUGAGGAUGGACCAGCUACUCCAAGUGCAGCACAUACCCAGACAGAAAAGAGGGGAAUAAAUAAUAAUGUUUCUAACUAAUGCUUUGCACUUCGAGAAAUUUUAUCUAAGGGUCUGAAAGGAUUUUAAUAACUGUGAGUUAAUUAAAAGUUCCAAUUAACCUGGA